GUUGGCGAAUGAUUGGGUGCUUCUAUGUGAAUGGGUUGUUGUAAGUUGUAGAGAAACAUUGGCCGUGGUGGUGAUAAGAAAGAAAGAGAGAGGUACUCGUUAAAACAAACAGAAGGAUAGAAACAUGACAGACAAUACUAGUACUAUCAUCGAUACAGAAGCGUAUCUAAACCAAGUUUUGGGUUUAACUUCAGAAAAGACAAGUGAGAAAGAAGAUUCUCUGGUUAACGAUAAUAAUGCAGAAAGUUCUUCUAAGAGUUGUGGUGAAAAGGACGAAAGGAAAAGUUCCUCGUCGCGUCGGUCAACAAGACGUUCUCAAUCACCUUUGAAAAGACAUAAAAGGUCACGCUCAAGGUCUCCUAGUAGUGGAGAUAGUAGUGAAAGAAGGAGGAGGAGAAGAAGAAGAAGAAGAAGAAGCAAGUCUCCGAGAAGGAGAAGAUAUGAAAGGGACCGAUCAUAUAGUCCUAGAAGACGAUACUCGUCGAGGCGAGAAUCUCAUUCAAGACCGUAUAGCGUCAGAGAAGAAUCAAAACAACCGGAUGAAAAGAGAUCAAGAGCUUCAUCGUUGGAUAGUUCAGUGAACAACGACCGCUCGAAACAGUUUAGGGAUCCUGAAGAAGAAAGAAAAUUGAAAGAGAGGGAAGUAGAUAACAGUUUUCCUGACUAUGAAAGGGACUUGAGAACUAUUUUCGUAUGGCAACUCGCACAAAAGGUUACAGAAAAGGAUGUUUAUAACUUUUUCAGUGCAGCUGGAAAGGUAAGAGAUAUAAGAAUGAUUAUUGACAAGCGUUCGGGAAGACAUAAAGGAGCGGCAUAUGUGGAAUUCUAUUAUAAAGAAGCAAUACCUUCAGCUAUGCGUCUAGCAGGCCAACAAUUAUGUGGAUAUCCUGUAGCUAUUAAACCCUCGGAAGCUGAAAAGAAUAUUGCAGCAGAAAUGGCAGCAAGAGAAGCAGCAGCUGCACAACAAGCGAGACUAGCAGAACUAGAAGAAUGGAGUGGAGGAGGAGACACAAGUCCAAACUCCAAUCCACUUACCUUUACCAAACUUUACGUGGGUUCCAUUCACUUUUCUAUUAGUGAAGACGAUUUACGUACUAUUUUUGAGCCAUUUGGUGAAGUUAUCUCUUUGCAGCUUCAUAAAGAUCCUGAAACCGGACGGUCACGAGGUUUUGGCUUUGUCCAAUAUAAAAAUCACGAAGAUGCAAAGAAAGCUUUCGAACAACUCAACGGAUUAGAUUUGGCUGGGAGACCUUUGAAGGUUGGUUUGGCUACUGCGGAAGCUCAAAAACUUCAAGUAUUAGGUGCUAUACCUUCGGGUGUUCCUGGGACGAUAGCUGCACAAAGUUUAUCUAGUAAAAAUUAUGCAUAUAGUGCUUACAUUAGUGAACUGGAUGAAGGUGGAGAUAGCGGAAUGGCGCUUAGUGCCACUCAACGUACUCAGUUGAUGCAGCGAUUGGCUAGAGGUGAGGCUCUUGCUUCCAAGUCGUCGCCAGCAUUAGGUGGGAAGAGUCCAGGUUUAUUGAGUAGUGAAGCUUCUCCUCAGUCGGGUACUGUUCCUACUCGUCAAGGUUAUAAUCCUCCAUUGGUACACUCGAUUUCUCCAUCAACUUGCUUAAUGUUGCGUAACAUGUUUGAUCCUGCUCAAGAAACUGAUCCCAAUUUUCAUUUAGAAGUGCAAGAAGAUGUACGAGAUGAAUGUAUAUCUAAAUUUGGACCACUGAGACAUAUAUUCGUGGAUAAGAAUAGUGCAGGUUUGGUGUACGUACAGUUUGAAACCAUGUCCGAUGCCAUGAAAGCUAAACAAGGUCUUCAUGGUAGAUGGUUUGCUGGUCAUCAAGUUAUAGUAGAAUAUAUAUCCGAGUCAGUAUAUUAUAUUCGUUUUCCUGACUUGAAGAAACACAGCAUCCAAUAUUAAGAUAUCGAUUACUUGUGGUGAAAUAAUAAUAAUUGGAUUCGACUCUAUAGAAUUAUGUGUGUGUGUUUUGCCGUUUUUGGUAGAAACUACGAUAUAUACGGAGGUAGGCGCUGAUUUCGAUGAAAGACUUAUUUGUAGAAAUAUGUCGGUGACCAAAUAGACACUUAUGAAGAAAAAGCCAAUCCAUUUUUAUAAAAACAUUCCGUUUCUU